AUGAAGUCGCAGAAAUUGAAGAGAAAACAACAAGCAAAUUACCUUUCACCGGAAAUACAAAAUGAGUUUAUAGAGUGUUGUGCCAAAAAAGUAUUAGACGUUAUUCAAAGUGAACGAGAAGCAGCAAAAUAUUACUCAAUAUUUGUUGAUACAACCCUUGAUUCAGCACAUAUGGAACAAACUGUAUUUAUAUUGCGUUAUGUUUAUUUAAAUGAAGAAAAUAGUCUCUACGAAGUUCAAGAGCGAUUUCUAGAGUUUGAGAAAACGGGGAAAGCUAUUGCUGAAUUAAUUUGCAGUGUUAUUAAAAAACACAAUAUACCAAUGAUAGACUGUCGUGGUCAAGGUUAUGACAACGGUAGCAACAUGAGCGGUCAAUAUAAAGGAGCACAAGCAGAGAUAAUUAAAGAGAACCAAUUGGCAAUUUAUUCUCCAUGUGCUUGUCAUAACCUAAAUCUCUCUAGCCCGCAAAGAUGGCAAAUUUUAAAAGAAAACAUUGGAUGCUCUUUGCAUAGCAUGUCAAAUACACGUUGGUCAGCCAGGAUUGAAAGUGUAAAACCUUUUGCAGAACAUGUUCCUGGUUUAAAGAGUGCUAUCCAAGACUUAAAAAAGCUAAAUCUUACUGCCGAGACUCGAUCAGAUAUCAAACGUAUUGAGAAAUACUGGGUUCAUUUGAGUUCAUUUGAGUCAAUUGAGAGAAAUAUUGGAUCAAUUACAAGCAUCAAUUACAGAAACACAGUUCUGAAAGCCAGAGAUGCAACUUUAGAUGUGGAGGAUUUAAAUUUAAAAAGCUUAUUUGAUGACCUUUUAUUAUUGAGAAACAACUGGGAUUCAAUUUUAAAUGAAUGUAAACUUGUUGCCAAAAAUCUGGGUAUGGUUUCCAAUGACAUAUUCCCGGAGAAAAAACGCAGCCGAAAAGCUAGAUUUUCAGAUGAGGAACAGAAUAAUAAAUUAGGCAACACCAGUGCAGAACUUUGUUUCAAGCGCGAUGUUUUUUAUGUUCUUUUAGACUGUGUCAUUGGUAAUAUGAAUCGGCGUUUUGAGGCAGCCAAAGAUCUUGAGGAAACAUUUGGUGUUGUAUGGAAAUACAUGACAUUAUAUAAAGAUCUGUUGCGUGAGAAAGCUUCAUCUAUUUGCGUUAAAUUGCAUUGA